CCAAGAUGGCCCCAGAAAGUCUAAUCCCCAAACACUUCCUUAUCAAAGCCGAAGAGGAAAUUUGGCUCUCUGGUUCUCAUCGACAAACAGAAUUAAUUACCCAUUAAUUUCUCAAAAAGAAUAACUAUUUGAAGCUGCCUAUUUUUUUUCUUGUUCAGAAUCUUACAUGGUGAUGUCAACUAAAUUGCCAUCACCUGGCUAUUUGACGAAUGCUAAGCUUGCAUCAUCCGAACAUUCAAGAGCUAGAUUUCCCCCUAGCGGCCUUGUGGUUUGCAUUCACAAAACUGCUUUUGCUUUUGGCAAGAGGCUCUAUUCUCGCCUUUGUUUUGUUCGCAUAGCCAACAUUUCUUUGCUCAACAAGUCCAAGAGGUUGGCUUGGUCUGUUAGGAGCAGUGCAGAUGGUGGUGGAUUGGAUGAUACUUCUCCCACAAACAAUACCAGAAGUGGGACCCGACUUAUCCGGGCCGUCGAAGACAUUCAAAUCAAAUUGAGCUCAAGAAUUAAGGAGAUAAGAAAGAACCUUCCAAUGAAAUUUUUCUUUUUCUUGGUGGGUUUUUAUUGUGCAACUGCCUUCGUAACUGUCCUAGGGCAAACCGGCGACUGGGACAUUCUAGGUGCUGCUUUAUCCGUAGCCAUUGUGGAAGGGAUUGGAUCUCUCAUGUAUAGAGCUUCUCUUCCUUUAUUCACCAAGGUUCGGAGCUUGAUAACCAUGUUUAAUUAUUGGAAGGCUGGUCUCUCCCUCGGUCUUUUCUUGGAUGCAUUUAAGUAUGGAAUGGAAAACAUCUUUGGUUUAAGCAACCACCUUGAUUUUGAGAUAGAUAUCUUCCCUAUAUUCUUUUAACAUUUUGUGGGGAGUGACAUGGUACAAGUAGGAAGCCAACAAACACGAUGAAAGGACUAAAAUGAUUCAGAGGAGGCAAUGAGAAGACGGCUUUUAUGUUUUCCAUACACAAAAGGAACGUAAAAAGGACAGUCGAAGUUCCAAGGCUAGGCCUCCUUUUAGGAUGAUGUGAUUGAAGCAAACCUAGAGGCAGAAGCAGGACUUCGGCCCACAUAUGUUGUUAGUAAGAACCUAUCUAAUGAAAUGGCCAAGAUCAAUUUCUUCUUUUGAGUAUGAUUGGGACCAGCAGUGGUAGAACUUACUACUUCCCAACCAUCUGUGGACCUUGCUUCUCUUUUAUGAUUUUUGCUACUUCGUUAAGUUUGGUGAUUGAUAUUGUAGAGAGAAAGUCUAAAGGUCUUUUCCUCAUGCUAUACUUAAUGGCAAUUCAACCUUGUGCAACGGAAUAGUUUCUAUCCCUGGUAUGUAGCUUCAGAGGUAGUUAUUCAAAGAGAAUCUUUGUUCACUUGAAGGUUGAGAAAGCACAAAGUUUCACCAGCCUACAUCGGAAUUUUGAUACCGGUGUUGUUAGUCAAUGAGGAGCAAAUGCUGGUGUCAUCUAGAUAAAUCUAGAAUAUAUCUGAAGUCAAAACCAACGACAGAUAUGUUGGGUUAACAACCAUCAUUGAUUUUACACUUCCAGCAGAGAAACUUGGGAAGAAAUCUUGAUUGUUGGAAAAAGAAAAACUUUUGAAGCAACUACAUGGAUUGGAUUGGAGUUGUUGAAUUGUUGGGUAGAAUGAGUCAUGGUGCUGAAUGAUUUAUGUCGCCGGUGUUGAUUUGAACUUCUGUAGUUGCAACACAGCCAACACAGUGCAGAUUUGUUCUUCCAUCGUACCCAGAUCUGGUGCAAUCAAUUAUUUUGUUUUUGCUUUUGUGUUUUUUGUUUUUUGUUUUUCACAAUAGUUCUUCAUGAAAGCUUUGAACUUCAGAACUAGUGAUCACAUUUUGCAUUUGUAAAGCUUACUGCUCUGUAAAUUUGACAUUUUGUAAGCUGUUUUAAAAGUUUUUUGAUGCCCCAUUUAGAGUCUUGGAGUCAGAAAGGUCUGGUUUUGUUUUUCAUUGUGUUUAUCUAAUGAAAAGCGGGUCCUUUCA